AUGCUCGGAGGGUGUGAAGUAUAUCCGCCGUCUGAGACUCGUCGGGCGUCGGCGGCGUCGCGCGCUACUUGUGACGCCGUACGCCGCGCAGAGCGGAUGGAGGAGGCGCGUCUCUUGCACCGCAAUGUUCGGGAUUGUGAGGGCGCAACUCGGGCACUGGCCUGCGCAUCUCCCAACGGCCGCGACGGCCGGCUUAACCCCUUGGAGCAACGAUCUGUGGAAGCCCAACGAGUGAAAUGA